AUGCCGCCGCGUAAAGUUCGUAAUAACGACUCCAGUUCGGAAGAUGAACCUGUCUCGGUGACAGAGACACCUGUGGCUCCGGUGCUUAUGUCUCAAACUCAGUUAGCGUCGCUCCUGGCCGCCUUCUCUUCGGCGCAGGCCGAGGCGAACCAGAAGCUCGUCGAGUCACUACUGACAUCGCACUCAGGGACGCCGCCCAGUGUGAACUCCGUCGCUACACCGACAUCUUAUUCUGGGAAUCUCGUCAAAUGCACCUCGCGCUUCGAUGGUUCGUCGGAGUAUCCGGAGGCGGUCGAAGCAUUCAUAGACGCUGUCGAGAUGUUUAUGGAUUGCGCUUCGGUCAGCGAUGAGAUGGCACUUCGUGGACUCCCCAUGUUAUUAAAUGGGCAAGCAGCAGUUUGGUGGCGUGGCAUCCGUCAUGAAGUCACGUCAUGGUCAGAGGCAGUCAAGCGCCUGCGUUCGAUGUAUGGCAUACCACGGCCACCGUACAAACUGUACAGAGAUGUUUUCGCUGCUGAGCAAGGGUUGGAACGCGCCGACGUUUUUAUCGUAAGAGUACGAUCUCUGUUGGCGAAACUGCCUUAUCAGUUACCAGAGGAAGCGAGACUGGAUAUGAUUUAUGGUCUACUUCACAAGAGAAUCAGGAAGCGGUUACCAAGAGACGCUGUGAGUGAUAUUGAAUCACUGAUAGAAAAAUCUCGCAGCAUAGAAGAAUCGUUGUCGGAGAACUCCACGUCACCGUCGUCGUCGUGUUUACCUACGAAGGCUUCCCUCGCGCUCAGCGAGAGCGCGCAGCAACACGUCGCUCCGGGAUCGAGUUCGACGCCGUCGCCGUCGCCGCCGGUUCGCACUGCCCGCGCCCCGCGAGCGAACUCGCCGCGUAGUGAUCAGUGUGUGAGCAAAAGUGAUAACAGUGAUAAGAAGUUGUUUUGCGUGUAUUGUAAGGGACGAGGACACGUACGGGACUCAUGUGAUAAGCUAAGUAAACGUUCUCUUUCUACUAACUCUGGCACUGUUUGCUAUAAUUGUGGUGAAAAAGGCCACGUUAGAGUUAAUUGUCCUAAAGGUAAACAAGGUAGUGCCGGAGAUAGUAACACAAAUGUUAAGAUAGAAAAUGUGUUUUCUUCAGUGUAUAUAGAUAGUAAGAAGUCAUGUUCGGAUUUUGUUAACGAUAAUAAUAAGCAGAUGUUAGCUGAGGACGUGAUCGAGGAGUGUGAAUCCGCCUGGGCAGCGCCGUGCGUCUUAAGGCUCAUAGACCGUUUCAGAUCGGGGUCUACACUUAGUGGUAGGACUAUUUUGGGUUAUUUGGAUGACCUGCUGGUCAUUUCGGAGGACCUGGAGUCCCAUAUAGCAGAUUUGCGUGCGGUAUUCGAGCGUCUCCGUAUGUACAAGCUCCGAGCAAACCGAGAGAAGUGUGUGUUUGCCAGAGACCGGCUCAAGUACCUUGGCCACGUGAUCUCUCAUUAUGGUAUAUCUCCAGACGAAGAGAAGGUAAGUGCUAUUUUAGAGAUGAAGGAACCGACAACUCUCCAGCAACUUCGCACCUUCCUCCAAACUUGCUCUUGGUUCCGCAAGUUUAUCCCAGAGUUUGCCAAGGUGGCUGAACCUCUUACGCGUCUAACAAAAAAGUCACAGACCUGGAAAUGGGGUAAGGACCAAACUAGUGCUUUUAUACAGCUCAAGACUCUUUUAGCUUCACCCCCCAUUCUGACCCAGCCGGACUACUCAAGACCUUUCAUCCUUAGAACGGACUCCAGCGAUUUCGCUUUAGGUGCAGCCUUACUCCAGGGGGAGUCACCACAAGAUGAACAUCCUAUCGAGUACGCUAGUCGUCUCCUUACGCGGGCAGAACGGAACUACUCCACCACUGAGAGGGAGGCGUUGGCCGUUGUCUGGGCAGUGGAGAGAUUCCGUGGCUACGUCGAUGGUCAUCAGGAUGGUCCGUAUGUAGUCUCCAAGAAGGUGAGUCCCACUACAUUUGCUCUUACCUCACAGAAGACUGGUGAAGUUGUUGGCAAUUAUCACAUGUCGGAUCUGCGUAGAUACCAUGACAGAGGUGGUGAGUGUCCGGAGCCUGUUGUUCCGAAGCGCCGCAGAGGUCGCCCGCGGAAAGUCCAACCGUAG